UGUUUGCUUGUUUGUUUAUGCAGGUUGCUGGAGCAUCAGAAGCUGCAAACUCUAACAAGCUGCAGUUGCACAAGCCAUGUACUAUAGCAGCAGCAGCUGACCUGGAAGAUCUUCAACCAUUUCCAGCACACAACAACAACAACCCUAAAUCCCUUGCAGAUACCAGAGCAACAACAACAGUACUUGUUUGUGGUCCAACUGAUUCUGCAGGUCACACAGAAGCUCAAUAUGCAUCAACAACAUCAACCAUUCAACAGCACCAGCAACAACAUAAGCCAAAAGCAACACACAAUUCAACAACAGUCAGCAAAAUCUCAACAAUAUGCAUCAUGCAACAUCAAACUGAUCCCACAUGUUACAGUAUGAUAGCAUAUGUAGCAACUACAGACCUCAAGAAGUCACAACCCAAACGGAUAACUGGAGACGUUAGUCGAGCGACCUUGAAAAAGUUAGCCGACUGAAGACUCAUCAAAUGGAAUACAUCCAUAUGUCACCAAAUCUGCAGCACCAUGCACUGACAUUGCAUGAAGCACUCGCAUCUCAUGGACAAGCUCGGUAUGAAAAAGAUUAAGAAGGCGAAGAUGAAAUGAACGAUCUCGAUCCAUGGAAAU